CCGUCGCUAGAUGUGACGUCGCUGGUUGAAAAUCUUUGGUGCUCCCAGAUGCUCAACUCGCUCAGAUAAGCACAGCUAACAGUUUCUUGGCGCUAAACAUACUUUAACAGAACUAGCUGGUUGUAAUACACGUCGCUUCUGCCACAUUUUAUCAGGGGUGUUUCAUUUAAGGCGCAAUGUCGAAGUACGAAGUGUUUCAGAGUCAAACGAUGAUGAUAAUGACAGUGCUAACCGAAACGGCGCACACAGAGAUCUGCAGAGUUUUCGGCCGCCAUCCUGAAUGUUCCGAGGACGACGGAGAUCCAGCGUGUUCGGGGGACGAAGCAGAGCUCAAGGUUAUGCAACUCAGUGCUGUCCUGGAUUUCCUGGCCAAAGAGGCAGUGCGGAAAAUAUGCCGCCUGUUCAAGUUCUGCAGUGUAGUGAAAGUGUCUAAAGGCGGGGACCCAGACAGUGCGUUUGAAAGAGUACCAACUCCAUGGAAUCUGAGGCUGCAAGAGAUAAAACAUGCAGCUGGAUCAACAAGAGUGUCUGGAGUGUCAGUAUCUCUCUCAGGGAAAGUACAGAAUGAGCUGGUGGUUUUUGCAUUACCAGCGGCAGCUCCUCCACAGCAGGACGCCUUUCCAGAAAGUUCGGCCACCCAGAAGUCUGACUCCGUGAACACCUUUGUCUCUGCUCUACAGGAAGCUGGAGCUAAAAAUCAGACACAAACUGUCUUGAUAACAGCGGAUACAGCAGGCGCUUCUACUGUUAAAGACAAGAGUUCAGCAGUUCCAUUAACCGACCAAACUAGUUCCCAAGUGGAAGUGCCAACGAAGAAGGCGUUGUGUAAAUGUGAUGAAUGUGGAAAAGCUUUUGUAAAGAGGAGUUCCUUGAUACAGCACAAGCAAAGACACGCAAACGCCACCCUCUCUCCCUGCGAGAAAUGUGGGAAGAAGUACCGAUUUCCCAAAGCGUUGGAAAGACAUGUCUUGUCCCACAGUGAAAAGAAGAAGGAGCCCCGCCCAUGCAAAACAUGUGGGAAAAGCUUCAUCGACCUGGAGUCGCAUGAACGCAUCCACUUGCCAGUGAAGCCGUAUCUAUGCGGCAUUUGCGGAAGGGGCUUCACGCUGGAGUACAUUCUGCGAGCGCAUCAACGGCUCCAUACGGGUGAAAAGCCGUACCAGUGUGAGACGUGUGGCAAGCGCUUCACGCAGUCGAGCACGCUUCAUAUUCACAGGAGGGUUCAUUCAGACGAGAAGCCGUGGAAAUGCAACCUUUGCGACAAGGGUUUCAAGCGUCGUAACAGUUUGAGAAAGCACCAGAUUGUUCACACUGGAGAGAAGCCCCACGUGUGUGAAACCUGCGGGCAGAGGUUUGGGCACAGGACGAAUCUCAGGAGGCACAUGCGUAACCACUUGGGCCUGAAGCCUUAUGAGUGUGAGGUAUGUGGUAAGCGCUACAGUCAGAUGGGCUCCCUGAAGGAGCACAUGCCACUGCAUGGAAUGGUCAAGCCCUUCAUGUGCGACAAAUGUGGGAAGACCUUUGUGUACAAUUACGCUCUCAGAAACCACAUGUUCACACACACGGACGCUGGAGAGGAGCCCAGAGCCGAGAAGAACCCUCAUCGCUGCGACGUGUGCGGCAAGUGCUACAGCUCCACUUACUCUCUGAAAAUGCACCAGAGAGUUCAUUCAGAGAACGAUCCUUUCUGCUGUAAGGUGUGCGGGAAGUCCUUCAGCAGCAUGUCCGGCCUUUAUGCACACGAGCAGCUUCAUUCCGGGCUAAAAGCUUACAGGUGCGAUGUGUGCAAAAAGACCUUUGUCAACAAGGCCUACCUAAAAGUGCACAAGUUCCUGCACACCAAUGAGAAAGUCCACAAGUGCUCAUUUUGUGGAAAGGGGUUCAGCCUGCCCAACGGGCUUAAGAUGCACAUGCUCAUUCACACUGGAGAAAAACCACACAAGUGUGAAGUGUGUGGAAUGUCCUUUCGCACCGCUGGAAAUUUCCGCAGGCACAAGCGCGUUCACACUGGGGAGAAGCCAUUUAGCUGUGAAGUUUGUGGGAAAAGCUUUAGCCAGCCGAACAACGUGAAGGCCCACAUGCAGAUUCAUACGGGAAUAAAACCGUACACUUGUGAGAAAUGUGGGAAGAAGUACGCUUAUCUUAGGAACUAUAAUGAUCACAAAUGUGUGUGAAUGCUUAUAGUGUUCAAAAGUUUGGAAUCGCUGUUUAAAAGAGUCAGUGUAUUGACCGAAACUAUAAACCGGUACAACAGUUUGCUUUCAGACAACUGUAUGAAAUUAUUAUUAUAAUAUGAUACUAUAUUAUAAUAUGAUAAUAAUAGAAGCUGUGUGUGUGAAUUAAGGCAUUUCAGAUGUGUUUAGAAUAAGGAACAGAGCCAUAGGAAAAUAGCUCAGAUGACUGGGAAAGCUGCUCAGAAAUGAGAAUGAAAUUCUAAUAAAAUUAAAGCGCAGAAUUCAUCAUGUUUCAAAAGCACAGAUCAAAGCAAAAAAAAAUAUAAUGACAAUUCAGGUAUUUAUCUCUUUAUUCACUUCCUUUUCACAGAAUUCCUGAAAUUGUAUAUAAAACAUCUACACAAAUACAAUUUGGCAAGUUUUGGCAAUUAUAUAAUAUUAUUGCAUAAGAAAAUAAGGCUAGUCAUUCCAAACUUAUGAACGCUAGUGUAGUGCCUUUAAUAGCACUUUGCUAUGUUGUUUAGAUGCUGUUUUAUUUACUGUUUCAGUAGCAGACACUCGGACACAAGGAGGCUGUUCUGCAGAGUAUACAUUGUGAAGAUAAUGGAACCCCUCCAUUUCUUCUUGUUAUUCUCUGUGUAUGAUGCUCCACCUUUGGUUUUAUUAUAUGUAAUCAGAAUGUUUAAAAUACAGUUGUCAUCAACUGUCAGUGGUGAAGCCUUGUAUCACUCCCUGCACUGAAUUACACAUCAGUGAAAGCUACAACCAUUGAACAAGGAAUAUUUCAGUUAAUAAAACUCAGUGGCUAUUAGAUCUUUUUACUCUCUUCUAACCCUCAAAAUCCUGGGAGAUCCCUGAGGAACCUCUGAAUAACUGUGUAGGUGGCAUUUAGACUGACUCAUACUGGGUUUUUUCUGAUUUUUGCUUUGGAGCAUGAACAUGUAAUAUAUGUAAAACAUACUUUUCAUUUGCAGCAUUAUUUUAUAAAAUAAUAAAUAGACCUGAAUGGUCUGUCCCUCUGUUGGAGUCUUCACAACAUUUGAAA